AUGGGGAAACGCAGAUUCGUCGAUUCUAUCGACGAAGCGACCGCGGGACAAAAGUUUUGCGGAGCGGAGUACCCACUAGGCGAGGAAGUCGUGCUCGCAGAAUCCCUCCUGGAGAAAUGCCUGCUGAUGGAGUUUGGGAAAGUGAGGCAUGGCGUUCCCGUAUCGCAGACCCCCUCACUAGCCCUUUCGUCCCUCAUCAGCGGGAGUGAUCUCCAUAUGGGUCAGCGAAUCGGCAAGGGAUGCUUCGGAACAGUCUUCGAAGCCAAGCUGACGAGGGACCAGGACGACCCUCAAAGUGUCGCAGUGAAGAGAAAGGAUCCCGAGGCCGACCGAUCCGUCGUGGAAGAUUUCGAACGUGAAAUCGCGACAAUGACGCAGCUCGAGCAUCCGAAUAUCGUGGGGAUCAUUGGAGUUGUCGACGAGGGCGAGAGGCUCAUGGUCAUGGAGCUGCUGGGCGAAGAAGACCUGAUCAGAUUCGGCUGUGACAUCGCGAGUGCGAUGGAGUAUCUUGAGAAGAAAAAGAUCGUCCAUCGAGAUCUCGCAGCGCGGAAUAUCCUGAUAGAGUCCAACUCAUGCGCCAAGUUGAGCGAUCCCGGGCUCGCACGUUGCUUGGAGGAGGAUGGCAUCCUUCCGGCCAUUUUCCUGGAAAUGGCCAAGACUUCCAGCUUCCGCGGUGUCGAUCUCACGGGCAAGGACCUUUCGGGAUCUCCCUCGAUGCUGUCAAUGAGGGAACGCAAACUUGACGAUUCCAUCGGCGAAGCGGCCGUGGGAACAAUGUUCCGCGCAGUCGAGUAUCGUCAGGGCGAGGAAGUUUCGCUUGCAGAAUCAGCUCCCCUUUUGGAGCAAUGUCUACUGAUGAAAUUCGGCGGAGCGAGGAAUGACGUCCCCGAAGCGCAGGCGAGCUCACCGGCCUAUUCUUCGCUCAUCGACAGGAAUGAUCUUCAAAUGGGUCAGCAAAUCGGCCAGGGAUGCUUCGGAACAGUCUUCGAAGCCAAGCUGACGAGGGACCAGGGCGACCCUCAAAGUGUCGCGGUGAAGAGAGUGGAUCCCGAUGCUGACCGAUUUGCCGUGGAAGAUUUCGAACGCGAAAUCGCCAUAAUGACGCAGCUCGAGCAUCCGAACAUCGUGAGGAUCAUUGGAGUUGUCGACGAGGGCGAGAGGCUCAUGGUUAUGGAGCUGGUGGGCUUUGGCUCCCUGCCUGAGUAUCUCAACGCCAAUCGCGACCUGCUGGGAAAAGAAGAGCUGAUCAAAUUCGGCUGUGACAUCGCAAGUGCGAUGGAGUAUCUCGAGAAGAAGAAGAUCGUCCAUCGGGAUGUCGCAGCGCGGAACAUCCUGGUAGAGUCCAAUUCAUGCGCCAAGUUGAGCGAUUUCGGACUCGCGCACUGCUUGGAGGAGGAUGACAUCCUUCCGGCCCAUUUCCUGGGUCGCUGCUUUGCAGCUGAAUGGCAAGCUCCGGAAUCGAUCUUGCACGACAUGUUCACCACGAAGAGCGAUGUCUGGAGCUUCGGAGUCCUCCUCUGGGAGAUCUUCGCUUUCGGUUCGGAGCCAAUCCUAAUUUAUUCAAUGGAUCCGAAGGAAAUCGGGAUGGCACUCAUGGACGGCGAUCGUCUGCCGUGCCCGAUUGACUGCCCCACCGAUGCAUAUGAGGUCAUGCAAGAAUGCUGGAACUCCGACUACAACUCGAGACCCAGCUUCGCGUGUGUUCUGAACAUGCUCCAAAGAAUAACCGGAUUUGCGAAGUAG